AUGGAGAAGAUUGUGUUUUAUGAAGGUCAGGACUUCCAGGGAAAGUCCUACGACUGCAAAGGAGACUCUGCGGACCUGUACAGCUACAUCCAUCGAUGCAACUCUGUAAAGGUGCAUGGUGGAUGGUGGGUCCUAUAUGAGCGCAGCAACUUCUCAGGUUACCAGUAUAUUGUUGGUCCGGGGGAGUACAAUGUCUAUGGUCAAUGGAUGGGCUUUAAUGACUGUGUCAGAUCCUGCAAGAUAAUCAAAAAUUCCAAGGGUCCAUUCAAGUUGAAGCUCUAUGGUCAACCAAACUUUAAUGGCCAGACUCUGGAGGUGACAGAAAAUAUGAAGUCCUUGAGAGAAAAAUGGCUUCAAAAAGUCAUGUCCUGUAAGGUCCUUGAGGGUUCCUGGGUUUUUUAUGAACAUCCCAACUUCAGUGGUCGGCAGUACCUGUUGGAGAAAGGGGAGUAUGGAAGUCCCUCUGAGUGGGGAGCCUUGACGGCAACUGUUGCUUCUAUCAGGAGAAUCAUGGAGCUGCCAAAAUCAGACAGCUAG